AAGUGCAGUUGGGACCGUUGGCGCCUCACAGUCGGUCGUUGCUCCUUCUUCCCGGCUUGGCAUUUCUUCACUCCCUCCCUCUCUCGACCUUUCGUUUUCGACUGAAAGAUUCAGAGCAGAAACGGAGGGGAUCGACGAACAAUGCCAGCCAUAACUCUUUCACAGUUCACAUUUCGUCCUCCUUCACCCUCUUCAUCUCUCAAAUCCGUACCUACUUGUUUGGUUUCUCUUAGCUCUCCUUGCAGGAAGCUGUCUUCUAAACUCUCGCUUCAUGAAUCUGUUCCCGUUCUUUUCAGGUUUUCAAGUGGUUGCCAGGCCACAACUCGCAAAGAGCGGUAUUGGCGCAAAUCAGAAGUGGUUUCGAAAUAUUAUGAUCGCCAAGAACUUCGUCGUCGUGACUUCUGCAGCUGUGAAUUAUCUACAAGAUCAGUAACUGUUAUGGAUAAUCCUUGGGCCUUUGAGAAGUCAUUGGCAAAGGGAAUUCAUAAAAAUAUAGAUAACCAUGAAUCUAGCAGUGCAGUCAGCAGUUCAGUUCUGAAGUUUAUGCUCCUGUCUGGUUUCUUCAUACUUCAAAACUCUCAGCAGGCAUUAGCCGGUUCAGAUGUUGCUACUGGGUUGCAGUCAGUCCCUCUUCUGGGAGACCUUGGUGAUAUUAGCACAGGUUUUGCUUCAGCGUUUUUGCUAAUCUUUUUCUCAGAACUAGGGGACAAGACUUUUUUCAUUGCAGCUCUUCUAGCAGCUAGGAACUCUGCUGCUAUUGUUUUUGCUGGAACUUUUGGUGCACUUGCGGUAAUGACCAUCAUAUCUGUUGUUCUUGGACGAACUUUUCACUAUGUUGAUGAGGUUCUUCCAUUCAGGCUUGGUGGUAGUGAUUUACCAGUUGAUGAUAUUGCAGCUGUCUGUCUUUUGGUGUAUUUUGGAGUUACGACUUUGCUUGAUGCCAGCUCAAGCGAUGGACUAAAGGCAGAAGAUGAGCAGAAGGAGGCAGAGUUGGCUGUCUCAAAGUUCUCAGGAAAUGGUGCUGGGAUAUUAGCUGCUGCCAGUACUGUCGUCAGCACCUUUGCAUUAGUAUUUGUUGCUGAGUGGGGCGACAAGUCAUUUUUCUCUACAAUUGCCCUUGCUGCUGCUUCUUCACCCCUCGGAGUCAUUGGAGGUGCACUAGCUGGUCAUGGUGUUGCAACAUUGCUUGCAGUUCUAGGCGGUUCUUUGCUAGGGACAUUUUUAUCAGAGAAGAUUAUUGCAUAUGUUGGAGGUGUUCUUUUUCUCGUCUUCGCUGCCGUAACUUUAGUCGAGAUAGUAAACUAGAAACUGUAAUAUUUGGAACUCUUUUCUUGACAUGAUUUGUGAAUUAACUUGUUUUCUUUGUGGAAUAAAGAUAUAUAUCUUAGCAAA